AUGUACCAGAACAUCUCGCUUAUAAAUGGCCAGACCUUGGCAUCGACAGGAGACUUGUUCCAACUGGGCUUCUUCAAUCUGGAUAAUAGUUCAGCCAAGGGAUACUUAGGAAUCUGGUAUUGCAAUCUCACACCGCAAGAAGGCACUGUAGUAUGGAUCGCCAAUAGGAACCCACCUGUCAGCACAUCCAUGGCAUCCUUCAAUCUCACUUCCGAUGGAAAUCUAAUCUUAUUCGAGGAAGACAAAGUCGUUUGGUCGACGGAAACGAGAUCCAUUAAACUCAAUUCUGCACGCUUGCAGCUUUUAGAUUCUGGAAACCUCGUGCUGAACGACAGCAAAUCGAUUCUAUGGCAGAGCUUUGAGCAAUCGAAUGACAGCGACACGCAGCUUCCUGGCAUGAAGUUCGGAUUUGUCAACCAUACCAAGUACCAACACUUCAUGGCGGCAAGUGUCGUGGAAAAACUCCGCGGAUCCUUCUCCGGGAGACUACAUCCAAAGGAUUCGUGCUCUACCUAUACCAGAUUUGGUCACGUUGAAAGGAUCCGCCAAAUACCAUCGCGGUGGCCUAUGGAACGGAUAUUGGUUCGUCGGCCAUCCGUUGACGAUAAGCAGCCAGGUGGCCAACUCAGUAACUAUCACGUUUGUGUCCAACGAUAA